GCCUUCCUAGCUUUCUUUCAAUCAAAUUUCCAAGCGCUCUCUCUCUCUCUCUCUCUCUCUCUCUCUCUCUCUCUCUCUCUCUCCAUUGCUAGUAUGGACCAGCUGGUGAUGAGUAUGGCGCGCCAGAACGGGUUAGUGAUCUUCAGCAACAGCUCAUGUUGCAUGUGCCACUCCAUCAAGAGGCUCUUCUGUGAGUUUGGGGCCCAUGCAACUGUUUAUGAGCUCGAUCAGGAACCCAGGGGAAAAGAAAUAGAGAAGGUGUUGGCCACCCUUCUACAUCAUACCUCACCUCUACCAGCUGUGUUCAUAGGCGGUCAGCUGGUGGGCUCUACCAACGAGGUGAUGUCUCUUCAGCUCCAACGCGACCCCACUCAUGAAAGCAGGAGCUAUCUGGUAAUGCUCCUUAAAAGAGCAGGAGUCAUCAGACUGUAAUAUAAAUUCAGCUCUAAUAUCAUAUUAAAAAAUAAAUUACAUAUAUAAAAGAUAGAGCUCAUAUGUUUCUUAUGGAUAUAACAACUUACGAAGUUCUAAUUCUUCAUAAUGUAUUGAAGUUACAUAUAUGGAGUCUGAGGUUGAGGGUUUUGGCGAUAAGAAAUGUUUCCUUGGAAUGUUAAGUGAGUGUUUUGAAUGUGAAAUAUUUAUAUAUAUGUUUUUGCA